CAACCACAUACGAUGUCCGUGACGUCACCGGCGUCGCUUGUUCCAGCGGGCACGUUGGAUUGCUUUGCGAAGUGUUUUAUUCCUCGGUUCUAGUUUAGUUAACCAUGGCAAAUUGGAAUCAACUUCAACAGCAGCUCAGGCAUCCGAACAAUCCUGUGGUGUUCUUUGAUAUUACCAUCGGCUCUACGGAGGUUGGACGGAUGAAAAUGGAGCUUUUUGCCGACGUAGUUCCCAGGACUACGGAAAACUUCAGGCAAUUUUGCACUGGAGAAUACAAGAAGGACAGCGUGCCGAUUGGCUACAAGGGAUCCACGUUUCAUCGUGUCAUCAAGGACUUCAUGAUCCAGGGAGGUGAUUUCGUCAACGGUGACGGCAUGGGAUUGACGAGUAUCUAUGGCGGCGCCUUUCCUGACGAGAACUUCCAGAUGAAGCACGAUGCCGCUGGCUUACUGUCUAUGGCCAACAGUGGCAAGGAUACUAAUGGCUGUCAAUUUUUUAUUACCUGUGCACGAUGUGACUUUCUCGACGGGAAACACGUUGUUUUUGGUCGUAUUCUUGAUGGCUUACUGGUCAUGCGGAAGAUUGAGAACGUUCCCAUCGGACCCAACAACAAGCCCAAGAUUCCCGUUAUCAUCUCGCAGUGUGGUGAAAUGUGAAACUUGAGCCGGUUGGGACAUGUACAUACAUCCUUGAGCCCUGGAGCGUAUGAAGCUAUUGAAAAGUGUGCUGUUCGAAGGUUGAAGAGGACCCUGCUGAUAUUGCAAAAUAUGAUAUCAUAUAUCUGCUGUGAGCCAUAGCAUUCACUGCAGUGACUUGUUGGCUCUGAUAUUCUGCCGCUGAAUGUGAAAUUUUAGAUUUCCUUUGCGGGCUGCUGCAGCUGUGUUUAAACAGCAGUGAAAUGAUAUAAAAUCAAUGAUUUUUGUGAACUUACUUGUAGAAGAAUGCAUUCUCCCUACAUUGUUUGGGAGCAUUACCAGAUUUCUCUACUUGAAAACCAUUUCCAGCACUGUAUUUGUUGUGCGUUGAGGUGCUAGACAAAUUUGGAAUAUAAAUGAAAGAUAUGGGACAAACAAUUGACACUAUUGUCUUUCUUUUUGCUCGACCUGUCUGUUUCGCCCUUUAAUUUGACUUCUGUAAAGAACUUGUGCAGAUUAGGGUUGCCACCUGUCCGGAUUUAGACCGGCCCGGCCGGUUUUUAGAUAGCAGGCCGGUUGCCAGUUUGCACCAGCACCAUUGGCCGUCUUUUUUUUUGUCAUAAUAUUGCAAAUAUUUAUUUCCUGGGGUGUUUUAUAAGCGUCAGUUCAACAACUGUGACGGUAAAUAUUUAUCGUCAAUCACCAAAACUCUUACACUAUUAGUCAACCACUUUUUAAGAUCCUUCAAGUGUAGCGAUCAUUGGAAUAGAGCAUAUAAUUGCGCGUGUAUGUAUAUAUGAAUAUCCUGCAUUUUUGUGGCAUAUGGACUGUAUACAUUUUAACGUUCGCUUGUGUCUAUAAUGCCACUGUCCUGCUGGAUUCAGAUGCAAAGAAGAACGUUUAUGGACGAAGUAUUGCGGUUCCUUUUCAGUGCAGCCCAUUCAGAGCAAUAAGCGAAGCACCAUUCCAAUCACGGGUAUUUUUAUUCCAGCAAUUAGACUAGUUGGUUAGCUAAGUGUGCUGUUUUUAUUUGUACAUGAGGUUUAUUUGUCUCAAGGAAAGCAGUGUUACAUUAAAUGGCACUGCAUGCCGAAGACUUGGCACAGCAACAGCAUCUAUUGUUCAACAUUAAUCCCUUGUUAGGCCACCCCCCCCCCCUGGAGGGGCCGGUAUUUUUUUUUUUAGAAAAGGUGGAAAACCUAGUGCAGAUUCAAAUCCGGUCUAUUGAAAGACUGGUGCACUCAAGCCUCUUGAUUAAGUUGCACCUGUCAUGAAAUUAUCGUUGUUGUAUCCGAUCUUUGU